CCAAUGACUCGAGUUGUUCUGGUGACAGGUUGUACCACAGGUGGGAUAGGCUACGCUCUGUGCGAAGAAUUUGCACGCCAAGGAUGCAAAGUCUACGCAACCUCUCGCAGAGUGGAAACUAUUGCCGAUUUCGAUGACUCCUCGGUUCAAAAGCUCGCCCUUGACGUUACGAGCGACGAGAGUGUCCAGAGCGUGCUCAACCACAUCAUAGAGGUGGAGGGGAAGAUUGACAUUGUUGUGAACAACGCAGGGUUGAUUAGUGCAGGUCCCAUCGUGGAACAACCCAUAGAAUACGUCAAAGAGGUAUUUGACACUAACACCUACGCCAUUCUACGGGUCUGCAAAGCAGUUGUCCCCAUCAUGGCUAAACGACGCAGCGGACUGAUCGUCAACAUUGGGUCUGUAGUCGGAGAGAUCUCUACACCUUGGAACGGUAUUUAUUGCGCUUCCAAGGCGGCUGUACAAAGCAUCAGCGAAGUGCUGUUCAUGGAGUGCAAGCCGUUCAAUAUAUCGGUGCUUCACGUUGCUCCAGGCGCUGUGAGGUCAAACAUCUCAUCAAACGGAGCUUCUCGGUUUACGCUGUCACCUGAUACCCUAUACUCGGACUACCUCCCCAACAUCAUGCAGCGAAUUCAUGCGAGCCAAGGCCCACAAUCCAUGCCAAGUGAUGUCCUUUCAAAACAAGUAGUCUCGAAAGCGCUUCAAAAGUCACCGCCGAGAUAUUUGUCGAUAGGUGGACAUGCAUGGUUAUUUUACAUCUUCAAGUGGUUACCUCGAGGAUUCGUACUUUAUCUGAUGUGGAGACAGUACUCGAGAAAGGCGUAAAAAUACUAUGUACCAGUUUUAAAAUAG